GAGGAAAACGUGGUUAUGUAAAAAAUGCUGGUAUCAUAAUGAAGUGUGAUAUAUUUGAUGCAGAUUUACUAAGUUCGAGGCUUUUUGAUUUAAGAUUAAGGAGCACAGGGGCACGAGAUCCAAUUGUAAAAGUCAAGUUUUGGAACAGGAUUCCAAACUUACAGCUGAAAAUAAAUGGUGGCGCUAUUUCAUUACCGGUAAGCAACGAUGAACGUUUUAAUGGCCCUGUAUCCUGCCAGACUGUCAUUUUGAGGCCGCCCAUGGUGAUUUUCCUCAAAAGUACCAACUACCUAACAUUUCCAGUCAACGAAAACAACAGCUCUGAAGAGGAUAAUUCAAAUCACAACGAACAGCGCAUCACAUAAUGUUAACAUUACAAUAUUUUGUUCGAUCACUUAUAUUUAAGUUACAUGUAGGCAAACAUUUCGCCUUGCCAUUGGCAGCAACACAUACUUCUUUUCAUAAUUGUUAUGGAAUAAAUGAGACUUAA